AACCAUAUUUUUGAACCCCCUUAUGAGCAGCCGGCGAUCGGAGGAUCACGUCAGUCGUCGCAGAAGACGCGGGGGGACAGUAGAAACUGUAGGCCGGGUCUUAGAGGGCGUUAUUAACAGGAAUAACACUAGCACCGCCCGUCCGGGCUGCCAGCGCCGCCGCGGCUGCUGUUACUACCUCACCCACUCGCGUGACUCCACAAGUGGGCGUCACGCACCUUAUCCGGUUAAUUUACAUACUAACACCGCCCAGGGGGACGAACAUGGUAAUUUACCGUCGGCUGAGAGCUAGUCGUACGAAGGAGGGGAGAGAAGAACAGCUGAAACAAAGUUUGAACGACAGAGGUUUGUUUUAAACCGAGCGGAGUGUUUCGACACGCACACACAGGCGCUCGUCGGGCUCUUUGCCCCACUUUUGGAUUACGAUAUGGACGCUUUGAAAUCCGCCGGAAGGGCAAUUAUACGGAGCCCCAGCAUCGCCAAACAGUCCUGGGGUGCGGGCAGACAUAAAAAGCUGCCGGAGAACUGGACGGACACGAGAGAGACCCUACUGGAGGGCAUGUCGUUCCAGCUCAAGUAUCUGGGGGUCACGAUGGUCGAGCAGCCCAAAGGAGAGGAGCUCUCAGCAGCAGCUGUCAAGAGGAUAGUGGCAACGGCCAAAGCCAGUGGAAAAAAGCUCCAGAAAGUCUCGUUAACGGUCUCCCCUCGUGGAAUCAUCCUGCGUGACAGUGCCUCAAACCAGCUGAUAGAAAACGUCUCCAUAUACAGAAUAUCAUAUUGCACUGCGGACAAAAUGCACGACAAAGUGUUUGCCUACAUCGUCCAGAGUCAGCACAACGAGACCCUCGAGUGUCACGCCUUCCUCUGCGCUAAGAGGAAAAUGGCCCAGGCGGUAACUCUAACGGUGGCUCAGGCGUUCAAAGUGGCGUUUGAAUUCUGGCAGGCUGCCAAAGAAGAGAAAGAGAAACGAGUAAAGUCGAGCUCAGAUGGGGAAGGAGCCAGCAGCUCUCAGUCGGACAGCUCGGCCAGCCAGGGCAGCCUGAAGGGAGGAGAGGUUGCCACGGGGAAACUUUUGGAUUUGGCUGAGGGAGCGAACGCGGCGCUGACCCACUCAGGAACAAAGCAGACCCAGUCGGAUCCCUUUACGGUGCAUAAUCACGCAACAGAGAACAACAAUACUGUAUGGGAGUUGGAGGACGGUCUGGACGAGGCUUUCUCAAGGAACUUGAAUAUGAAGCACAGGAAACACGAGGUCUUCAGGUUCAAGGUUGACUGGGAAGUCCGUUGUCUCUGCUUAACUUCUGUCUGUACCAUCAACAAACUGGUCAGAGUGGAGCUGGAGGCCGCUGUGACUGAUGCUUCAAUUUGGGCUCCAUCGGCAGGCCUCUCUGAUAAGCGGCGGUGGUCUGCUGUCAAGUUUGCACUCUGCAAAUGUUUACAGCUUUUCAUUUUACUGCCAUAAAGACUCGUUCAGCUUUUUACGACUGCGUUUAUUUCCUUUGGCUCCGCUUUUCAUUCCCUCUUAAUUCUGCAGUGGGCCUCACAUCCUCUCACUUUUCAUUUAGUGGCGGGCGAAUGGGCGGCUCAGUCUCUGUAAUCAAGCACUAAGAGGCCAUUUUAGCCCCGUUAUCAGAUGAUUAUUUGUCUGCACACACUGUAAUUACACCCUAGCACCAUUAGCUGCCCUCUCUGUGAUUAACGAGGAUGCUCCCAGCAUCAGCAGAGAUGCAUCCGCUAACUGGAAGUUCGGAUUCCCUGAGGGAAAGGUCGACUUCUUUGUCUGUCAGGAGGAGCUGAUUGUGCUGGUUGAUGAGGGGUCAGAGCGAGAGAGUGAAAAAAUUAGAGGCAAUUUAUGAGUCUGUGAAUGAGGAUGUCACUGAGUAAUGAAGUUAUUUACAGUUUACAGUUUAGCACGAGGAGUGAAAUAAGCUCCAGAUUAAUGGAUUGUUUACAGCACAGUAAAUGUGACUUUUUAAUCACUGUUCUGUCUGAUUAAGAAACAGCUCGGUAUUAUUUCAGAUUAAAGAAACAGCAGCAGCAGAGAUUAGUGGUCAGAGGGUCUGUAACUCAUUAUUAGGGGCGAGCAGCACACGCACCAUAUGUAGCUGCUUUGCACACAGGCACAAAUUAAGAGUUUCUUAAUGCGUUAAAUAAACUUGUUGUUUGUGAUCCAGGACAUUUGAACUGUUUCAGGAAAGUGUUAUCAAUAAACUUUGUUAGACAGUAGUUAAAAAUAUUAGUCUCCCUGAUGUCGAUUAGUCAAAGUAUUUUCUGGUAAACAUUUUUAAUUAAAAAAAAAAAAAAAAAAGCACCUUUGAGUUGUUCCCCUUUCUUCGCUGUCAGUGAGGUUUAACUUCAUGCUAAAUCUCAGAGGAUAAGUCAAGGUUUUCUGCAUUUUAAAGACAUUUUGCUGUCUUAAAUAAAAGAAACGCAUCCGUAUGACUCUUUUGGAACCUUCCUGUUAUUUAAUAGUUUAUCUUUUAGAUGGCCAUAGGUGAUGUCAGUAAGAAGGGUGUAAAGCUGACAGAAGUACUGCUAUAAGUGCUAAAUUUAUGCCCUAUUGUUUGCUGGAUUGUUCCCUUAAAGGCCCAAUUUUGAUCACCAGAAUGAGCCAAAGUACACAGUGUUGUGAAACUGCAGGAUGUUUCACAGUUCAUAAAGUAACAAGCAAUGCUUGAACUUUUUGUUUCAUUUCUUUUUUUCUCAUGCUCCUAAAUAAUCGUGCUUUUUACUGAGCUCAGAAACCCGCUCACUCUUAAAGUGAGAGCAUGCAUUCAGACUCGGUAACAUUUCCCACAGUGAUGGUUUUUAAAAGCGCGUCUGAAAGAGUCUCAGAGUUCUACUGAAGGGAUGCAGCACCCCUCGUCGGUGCUCGAGGGCAGUGAUGGACGUGUCGUUCCAAAAUCUGUUGAACCGAUCGAGGCCGUCAUGUGGCUUUCACUGCAUUUCAUGUCGCUGUGUUGUCAGCCUCCCAUCAGCACAGCAGUGUUUCCUGCUAGGCUGAAGGUGAGCUCGGUGGUUCUAAACAAAGCUGCCAAGAUGCCCUCACACAGAGUAACAGAGCCACAACAAGCUUUCAGAGCUUUCCUUUAAUUUGUCACCAGCCUGUCCACUGCCUCUGUCAGCUCUGACUGUUGUUGGGAUUUGAGAUUCUGCACUGCCCUCUGCUGGCUGGAUCAGUCCAGUUGCUUUAUAAUUAGGCCUUUCAGGAGAGUUUGUUGCCUGACUUGUGAUGUUUUCUUUGCAC